GUCAGUAUUUUAGACCAAUAACAAUAUGAAUAGACAGAGUGCUUCCAGUAGCACCAAUGAGCUACAAGAAACGGAGUCUGGGUGCGGUCGCCAUUGUCAUUGUAGUCAGACCGAUAGCAAUUGCGACUUAUUGACACAGGAAAACCUGAGAGUCGUCAAGAUGGUUUGUGGUGGCUUUACCUGCUCGAAGAACGCUCUCAUCGCUUUAAACGUGGUGUAUAUAUUAGUCGGGCUACUGCUUAUUGGAGUGGCAGGAUGGGGGAAAAGCUACGGCAUAGUUUCCAGUAUAAAUGUCAUUGGUGGAGUCAUUGCUGUGGGAGUGUUCCUUCUUCUCAUUGCUGUUGUGGGGCUUGCCGGAGCACUGAAUCACCAUCAGGUCAUGCUGUUCUUUUACAUGGUUAUUUUAUUUCUGGUCUUUAUGAUUCAGUUUGGAGUUUCUUGUUCAUGUCUGGCACUGAACCGAGGUCAACAGGAACAUUUGCUAAAAUUGACUUGGGACAGAAUGUCAAAUGCAACCAGGAAAGAUCUAGAACACCAACUCAACUGCUGUGGAUUUAUGAAUGAUACAGAAAGUGCCACCUAUGACAUGGAUUGUUUGCUAUGUGACGCAUCCUGCAAAUCCACUCAUUGUGAAACUUGUGGUGAUGUCAUGCUGACACAUGCUGGCGAGGCUUUGAGGAUCCUUGGAGGCGUGGGCCUUUUCUUCAGCUUUACUGAGAUUCUUGGAGUUUGGCUUGCAAUGCGUUUUAGGAACCAGAAAGAUCCACGAGCAAAUCCUCGUGCCUUUUUGUAGGAUCCUUCGCCAUUCUUGUGACAGUUGUAUCUUGUAGCUGCUCAAAGUUAUCUUUCCCAGGGAUUAUUUUCAUCAAAACCCUUUGAUUCUUUAAAACAAGAGCCUUCAUAAUGUAUGAUUGGAUGGAGCAAAUGGUCGCACUGCAUGGAUUAUCUCGGUGCCAUGGACUAGACUUAGUGAAAAUUUACCCAAACCCACCAUCCUUGAUGUGAAGUUCUUGCAAUAUAAUGCCAUCGUACAAGACUAGGACUUGAAAAAAAAGUGCGAAGUGUUAGAAAUUUUUGAAAUUAAUAUGGAGCCUCUGUUUCUUUAUAAUGCAGCUAUAAAUACAGACUUGGCAUAAUUAUAGCUACCAUUGAUGCUUGGCCAGUUCUUUGUUAACAGAGGGCAAUGGAGUUGAGGAGGCAAGAAUUCAGUCUAUCCUCUCACAACCAUUUUGAGUCAAAGCCUUUUUUAAAUAGUACAGAAUAUUUAUGAGCAACACGAUCAGAGUUUAAGCUUGACAGUAACUACUUUUAAUUUGCCAGCAAAACCAGCCAUACUGAUUUCAAUUUCCUUCUGUGCAGUCAGGUUUAGCCUUGGGCUUUAUCAGGCUGUGCCAGUGAAGCCACACUAGAGUCGUAGAGAAGUAUAGCACAAACAGGCCCUUUGGCUUAUCUAGUCCAUGUCAAAACUAUUUAAACUGCCUACUCCCAAUGACUUGUGCCUGGACUAUAUCCCUCCAUAUCCCUACCAUGUACUUAUCCAAACUUCUCAAGUGUUGAAAUCUGGCUCACAUGGACAACUUGUGCUGGCAGCCCACUCUACACUGCCAUGACCUCUGGUUGUAGUCCCACCCAACUUCAGUGGAAGAAGCCUCCUUGUAUUUAUCGUAUCUAUACCCCUCAUAAAUCUAGAUCUAUUCUGUUGGUCAAAGUGAAAGCUGACCCCGGUAGCUUGUUGCGUCCCCUGUGAUGCCUGACCCCAAGAGGUAUGACAAAUUCUCAGACUGGCAGCUGUAACUCAGUGGUAAAUGGAAAGUGAGUACAUGUGAAUAACCAACUUCAAGUCUUUAUUUUCCAAAUCCUGGUUGUCAUAAUGUCAUUGUUUAAUGUAUAUCAAUACUACUGAAAUUGUUUUCUCACUUUGUAAUAUCCCAGAUACCCCAUCAAAUUAACUGUGGCUCCAAACAUGUUUAGAACGCUCCCUCAAUUACAAAGUUGAGAGCUGACUGUUAGCAGUAUUCUCCACAAAUCUCAAACACCAUGUCUUGCUCUACAGCACCAUUAAGUAAUCUUUCUAGAAGACUGUCAGCUAUUUAGUGUAUAGUUCCAUUUUGUACUGUAUCUUUAAUACAGAAGACACACAAAGUAUGUCUUUUGAGCUAAGAACAAAGUGAAAUGUCAGUAUUUUAGGGGCUGAAUUAUUAAGUUAUCUAAUAAAUGCAAUUAACUAGUUUUGUCAAAAAUCCUGGUUGGUGAUGUGUAUACUGGCUUUAACUCACUAUGUCACUGCUUUGUUUAGGUGUAGUGUACAGACUUGAAUAGAGGAGAGCAAGACCAGUGUUAUCUCCUAACAAGUGUAAUUCUACUUUUUAUUUAAACUAAGGCUUUUGUUCGUUUUGAUGUUUCUAGUUUUCACUUGACUUUUGGACCAGGAUGUAAGGUUUGGUAGGAGUAACUUCCUCAGACAUUGCAUAAUGAUGGCUUACUGGUCUCUUCAGGUUAUCAAUGAUGUGAAAAGACAGCCCAAAGCUUAAUGUAUAAUGCCUAUACAAGGAAUUUAACAGCAAAAUCUAUAGCAAUGUGCCAACAUUGCCAAUGCAUACUGAAUUAUAUUGUUAAGGAUUGUUGUGUCUGAACAACUUAUAGCACACAAGUAGUGUGAACAACUGUAUUGAGGGCCAGAUUCAGGCAAGGAUUUUGUAUGCUUGCCAAUUGAACUAGUGUACAUUUCCACAUACUGAUUCUUAAAAGCCUUUCAGUUUCUUACUAAGAUCCUUUGUUAAUUGAGGAGGGGAAAAAAACAUUUUGGUCUAUAUACAAGUCCUGGAUAUUAAGAUGGAAAUAAAAAGGCAGGAAUCAAUGAAAUUAACCAUAAUCCUAAUGGAUUAAAAUAAUAAGGUCUCUACCCCUCCCCUCCCCCCACAAAAUCAAUAUCUAGUUAGGUUGAGAAAUUGACUUUGCACUGGCCUAGAAGGCCCUGUUGUGCAAAAUUUACAUGUAGCAGCUCUUUACCACCCAGCUCAUGUGGGAAUGGGUAACAAAUCAAUUUUAACUUUUUUCCCCUCCAUUGAGGAGGUUGUGCAUGAAAUUCCUACAGUGCUCACCACAAUUGAUUUUCCUGGGAAUUGUACUGAUUUAUUAAUAACAUUAUACAGGUUAAAUUAAGGUUAAACAAUCUUCAGCACAUAUUCCCUGAUAGCUUGAUCCUCAAUGUGAAAAUAUUCAUUAAAUAUUUCAAUUUAUUUCAUGUAAUUAAGAUUUUUGUAACAUCUUUGACCUUUUCAGGGAGUAUUUGCUUGACACUGAAAUCUUAAUACACAUUCCCAACCCCCCACCCCAGUGUAAUGGUUAGAUUGUAUAGGUGGCUGUCCCAUUUCCCCCUCAAACCCCCCCCCCCCAAAAACCACAUGCACUUUCACAAGGGACAAUGCAGUUGUAUACUAUACCUUAAAGUUGAAACUGCAUUCUCUGGCAGGGCCAAUGAUCCUGAGGAGAAUCCAGCAUGCAGAAAGGCAAGGGUUGCAAUAUUUGAGUUGGCAAAAGUUAAUUGGUAUUAGUGAAUUUUUUGAGAACUGUGGCCUUUAUUCUGAGAUGGGGUGGGGAGGAGAGAGAGAAUCCAAAAUGUCAAUGAAUUUGGUUAAUGUUUAUCCCCCAACAUGGAGAUGGGAAAGAUCCUUGUGGCAGCGCGCCAUUUGUGGGUGUCAUUCUUGAGCAAGUGUAUGAUCAAGCAUUCUAUGAAUUGAGUAAAGUGACCCAAGGCUUCUGACGCAGUGACAGGAAUGAGGCAUGGGCUCUUGUUCUACAGCCGGUUUGAAACUUAAUUUACACUCUGCAUAACAGUUGCAGUAACAUACUGUCGAUCUAGAGUUUUGCACUUGAUGGCUGCAGGUUUCACCAACAGAACAGUGUUUGUGUACCUACUGUGCAAGUGUGGAGGCCUUUUUAUGGCACUGGUUUAAAAAAAAGUGGUGAGCAUCAUGGAGAUUGGUAGGUUGGUUGUUUCAUGUUGUGGGUGUUAAUAAAGAAUUUGAAUAUAUUUUUGGUUUGGAAAUAGAUCAAACCUAAGAAUUACUACUAAACAAGUAGCAAGUUGGCCACAGCUUUCCAUAGCCCAGGGCAUUGAUGUUUUCCUGUGCAAGGGCAAUGUUGAAGAGCAAAGAUGUUUAACAGGGAAUGAAAUAAACACGAUGUAGGAGACACUAAACCAUUCAUUUGUUGCUAAAUUAGUGAUAAUACCUUAAGGCCUAUUGAAGAUUUCUAAUAGCUGCCCCUAGCAUUGCCUGAAUUUGAGUGUCCAAAACCAUUGCUUGCUCCAUAAAGGUUGGCUGGAUAUUGUGUAAACAUGACUUGGAUUUCAAAAAUGCGGAAAAUGACAAUUUUAUGCAAAAUAAGUGAAGACACCUUUUCCUGUAAUAAAUGCUUUACUAAUUCACAAACAUUUUUGUCAGUACUUUGUAGAAUUAGUCAGUGAAAAUCCUUUGGGGGUCAGAGUGGGUGACAAAUGAGCAUUAUUUUGAGGGGGGGGGGAAGGAGAGGAAAGAUCCAGUGUUUGCAGUACAGAUCCAGAUUUCUACCAUUCUGUGGUUUAAUUCAGCAGUGCUCAGGAAGGGUACGAUCAUAGUUUUAUGUAAUAGGUUUGAUUUAAAUAAAACUAUUUCCAUUGGGACUUGGGGCACAUCUUGUGCCACAAGCCAUGCUCUCAGCAAUCCUGUUCCCUCAAAUUGUUACCUUUUCUCUCUCUCAUUCCCAUGAGCUUCAGUAUGCAAUAACUACUUAAUGUACCACCCAGCACAAACACGUAGUACAACAGGACUCUUAGGCCGCCCAUGACCUAAACUCGAUUAAGAACAAAAUCAGGAAACACUGUGCACACAGCGAUAGAAAUCUGGAACCUGCUUUUGUAAACAGCAAGUCAUCCUGAUGAAAUUAAGGAUCUGUUAACCGAAAGUCUCUAGGAGACACGUAUAAAGAAUUGGAUCACAUGAAUGACAAACUUAAGGCUACUGGAAAUGCUGUUUCAACCUGUACAGGCCAAUCCCCUGUACUAUGGAUACAACGGAUUACAGAAACAUUGAGUUCCAACCAUACCACUGAAUUUUGAAAGAACAGGAUCCUACACAACUUACAACCCUUGUCAAAGUCCAUAUCUACUGUGGGUACCUGGAAUGUGAGAACCAUGCAAGAAUAACAAAGGUGACACUACAAAAACUGUAAGCCUUCAUCAACCAGUACCUGGGAAGGAUCCAAAGUAAACAACCAGGAAUACAUAGAUACAGAAAUGAAGUUAACCAACAUCAUCUCCAGGCAGCCAUUAAAAUUGAAUCCCCAAAGAAAGGGGGGUGGGGGGAGGGACAUCCAAAGAGCACAUGGAGGAGAAAUACUGAGGCUGAAAUUAGAAAAUUGGAACACUCCUGAUCCGACCUUAAAAUUGACUCUUAAACAGAGGAUGGAGACAGGAGGUCAUCGAUGGCCUAUGCUCCACUGGGAGCUAAGGGCCCAAGACAAUGACAACUGAGCAUUAACACAAAACAAGACAAUAUACAAUGAAUACUGACUAAAGGUUUAAAAUACUUAUGGCUUUCUAUCAUGCAAGGCUGUUAUGCUAUAAAUCCACUUUCAAGUCAUGUUGGCAAUACUAGGCAAAAGUGCAUCAUCGUUCUGCCACUCCUGAAGGUGAGGAACAUUUUCUGAUACAAGGAUCCACUGACAGUUGGUAUACCUCAAUGGCCCAUCUUUGAGCUACUGCUAGCCUCUAUCAGAGGAAUAACUGAAUUUCAAACCAGAAAGCAUUCACCAGAGGGGUUGUGAUGUGCAACUUUCUCCCUCCACAUGGCUACUAAAAGCAAGUCCCCUAUUUUAAGCUUGGUAGAUAGAAACAAAACACUACAGCAUUAGCUCUAAACAUUGAGAAACACUCUCACCACACAUGCUGGCUGACCUACUGAGAAUGUGCAGUAUUUAAGGUUAUUAAGAGUAAAUCUUUUGGCUAUUUAAGGCUUCUAUUGUCCUAUUUAAUCCUAAAUAUCCAAUUAUAAUUUAUCCCUUACAGUCACUGACUUGAUUAACUGGCUAUUACAACACUGACCACACAACAAUACCUAUUGGUCAGGACACUUUGGAAUGUACACAUAGUUUGUGAGAAUUACAGUAAUUAGAACCAAGGUACAGAUCAAUUCUGAUCUAAUUGUAAAGCAAGACAAGCUUGAGGAGCUGAACAGCUGAACAGCAGCCGCCUCUUGUAACAGGAAAGCUGGCCUGGGAGAAGGCUGCCAGAGCCCGAAUGGCUGAUUUCCCUCUGUCAGAUCCAAAUUGCACCAGACUAACACAAGGCGAGACACGUUGUAGUGGAGUUGAAGUUUAACAGCAUUCCCAAGUUUAAUCUAGGGAAGUCCAAAGACCAUCAGCUGUAGUGACCCAUCCUAGAACUGGUGGGAAAGUGGAAUUCUUUGUCAGAGACAAAAGACAAUCAGAGGCCAUUUACAAAAAGUCCCAAAUUCUAGGUGGGUAUUAUUAGGAAUUCUGAGGUUUGAAAGUGGCAGAGGAAUAACCAACAACUUCACAACAUGCAAGGCAGUUGGCCUUUGGCAGCAGACAGACUCCACCAUUUAUCUUUGCCAGAGAACUGGUACUUGGAAAGCCAACCUGGCAUUCCUACAGCACCGUUCAAUUUGGGGACAGCAAGAUCCCAGAAGGACUGUGAUAGUGAUCCAAUAAUCUGCAAGUGUUCAAGGAGAGAGAACUACUGACCAAAUUUAUGUUUCUCUUCACAGAAUGAGAGGUGCUAGUAACACUGGCGUUUACCGUGCAAGCCCACUUGGGCUGUGAUUUGAAGUCAUCGUACCUGUCUUCCCCCCCCCCCCCCAAUUAGGUUUGGAUUACAUACAGGGCUCAAACCUAUCCUCCCUGCACUCCUAAUCCCCUAAAUUAUGGAUACUGCCAGGCCAAAUAAGGAUGCCCAGACAUUAUUCUAAGGAGCUGGAUCUUAGCCUGAAAAACAAGCCACCAGGCAAAAUAAUCUGCCAUGUUAAUCAGGAAAAUGUGCUUUGAUUCCUUUAGAAAGUUCAAUACACUCAAAUACAGCCACAGCAAACUGUUUGGAGAGGGAGAAAAAAAUUACUUUCUUUUCCUCCUCCCUUCAUUUUCCCCUCAGUUCCAAGCCAGGUUAAAGCAGCACAGGGUCACACUGUUACAGCACCCAUAUACCUUCCCGGAGAGGGCUCAGCCUCCCAAUUAGAGGGGCAAAGUUGAUUCAAGGUGGGAAUGUACGGGUUAACUUCAAGGGGUUUGUGUGUGUUUGGAGGGGCAGGGGUAGCACUAAACUCCCAGCCUUCAUGCACAGUGUCAACAGUGCCAAAAGAUUGGCACGCAGACAAAUGCAAGAGAACAAUGCCAGGUGCAAAGCUGACAAAUUUCAAGCUCCCCAGACCAGUGUCACACUGCCACCUGGUGGCUUUGGGCAAAGAAACCAGCUUCACAGAUCAACAGCAGAACAGAAACUAGAGAUAUUCUCAAAUGGUUAAAGCUCAAUUUGCUUCUCCCCUCUC